AUGAUCCGAUCUUAUAUUAUCAUUACAGUACUAGUCGCCCUUUCGGUAGCCAACAUCAAUGCCGCCAGCGAGCAGCCCGCCGUGGGUACGAUCGACAACAAACUUUUCCGGCGAUACGUGUGCAUACAUAAGCCAUAUGGUUGUCAGUCAGGAGUGGCCCUUGUCAGCACCUGCUCACGCUUUUUUGAUGCAAAGGUCCAGGGAUGUGUCAAUCACAACACCGGUUGCAUAGAGGCUCAGCCUGCUUCAGAGGGAAGCUCUGUUUCGAUUGGGCCUUGUGCUCAGGAAACGACAACAGCGUGCGCGCCAAAAGAAACAACUUCCACCUGUGUUCCAAAAACCACAACAACCUCAAGAUGUGAGCCAGAAACAACCUGUGUGGGAAUAAAAACAACAUCCUGUAUGCCAGAAACUACAACAACGACUGCGCCAGUGACCACAACAACCUGUUCGCCAGAAACCACAACAUUCUGUGUGGAAAAAAGCACAACAACGUGUGAGCCAGAAACUACUUCAACAUGCAAAAAAAAAUCCACAACAACCUGUGAGUCAGAAAGUACAACAAUUUGUGUGCUGGAAACCACAACAACUUGUGGGAUAAAAACAACAACAUACUAUGUGCCAGAAACUACAACAAUCUGUGUGGAAAAAACCACAACAACCUGUGUGCCAGAAGCUACAAGAGCCUGUGUGGGGAAAACAGCAAUAACACGCGUAACCACAACAACCACUGUGCCGGAAACUACCACCACCUGUGUGUCAGAGACCAAAACAACCUGUGCGCCAGAAACUACAAGAAUCUGUGAGCAAAAAAGCACAACAACGUGUGUUCCAAAAGCUACUACAACUUGCAAAAACAAAUCCACAACAGCCUAUGAGUCAGAAACUACAACAGCCUGUGUGCCGGAAACAACAACAACUUGUGUGACAAAAAACACAACAACCUGUUUGCCAGAAUCUACAACAACCUGUGUGGCAAACACCACAACAACCUGUGUGCCAGAAACUACAAGAACCGGUGCGCCAGAGAUCACAACAAUUUGUGCCGAAGCAAUUACUACUGUUUUCAGCGAAACAAACUAUGUUUCAGGCUCUGUGAAAGUCCGACCAGUAAGGCCUGUACGACCUGCCGCUCAUCCCGUACUAGAAACUAAUCAGCUGUCGACUAAACAAACCCAUAAGCUAAGCAUUUCCAUCUAUACAAAGAAUGUGUGCCGCAAUAAGCCCAAUGGCUUCAUGCUAGCUUCGUUAAAGAGCUGCUCCGACUACUACAUAUGCCGAUAUGGAAAACCUUUGUUAGUUAGCUGCGGCGAUAAGUACUUCAAUGGUCUCAAAGGGAUUUGCGAUCUGCCAGAAAAUACACGAUGCGUCCAACCACAAGCCAAUCGACUUAUAAUGACCACAUAA